AUGUAUAGACGCCUAGGACACAUCCAGAUGCAGCUGGAGCUGCUUCUUCUGCUGCUCCUGCUGUGCCCUGUGCAUAUGUUUGUCAACUCGCCAAAGAUCAUCAGCAAGGAUGGCAAUCUGAUUUUCGAGUCUGGCGCCAAUCGCAACAUCAGCUUCCGAUUGAGCGGCAGCUCGCGGCUGCUCAUCAAUGAGGAAUACGAUGUGCUGGAGCUGCUGAUGCCCAUCAGUGGCAACAAGAAACGACCUACGGGCUCCGCCAAGGACGAGUGGAGCGGCGCCGAUGAUAUUGUCGAUCUGCGCGACCUGGCCGAUCAGCUGACCGAGUUCCGAGCCCAGGCACUUGGCCCCAAUGGGUUAAACACGAUGUUUCGUCAGAUUCAGAACAGAACACGGGCCAGCCGACUGCUGCUGCGACGCCUGCAAGGACGCCUCCGCGGUGUGGAGAACAGGGUGCAGCGGCUAAAGACCAAGUUGGAGCUGGACAGCUGCCACAGCAAUCCCUGCGAGAACGGUGGCACCUGCUUUAACACCUACAACGGGUAUCGUUGUCAGUGCGGCGCUGCCUUUGAGGGCAGCAGAUGCGAGCGGGAUGUGAACGAGUGUGCGCUGCUGGAGGGCACGGAUCUGGGCUGCCAGAAUGGGGGCCAGUGCGUGAAUCAGUUUGGCUCGUUUUCGUGCAUGUGUGCGCCCGGCUGGCACGGGAUGCACUGCAGCCAGCGGAAAACGGACUGUGCCGCGGCGAGCACCUGGGAGCUGUGCGGACAUGGCAGCUGUGUGCCCAGCAGCGAUGCGCUCGGCUAUAGAUGCAUCUGUGAGCCCGGCUGGCGCAGCAAUGGACUGACGCCCACCUGCACCGAGGAUGUCGACGAGUGCACGGCCGCCGCGCAUACGCCCUGCUCCACCAAUUGCAUCAAUUUGCCCGGCAGCUUCACGUGUGCGCCCUGUGCGCCGGGCCUGACCGGCAACGGCGUCAGCUGCCGGGACAUUAACGAAUGCGAGACCAACAACGGCGGCUGCAGCCUCAGCCCGCGGGUGGAGUGCAUCAACAGCUACGGCUCCAGCCACUGCGCCGAGUGCCCCGUCGGCUGGACGGGCGACGGACGCAGCUGCCAGCGCAACAGCAACAGCAACGGGGACUCGCCCAACGGCAGCCCGAGUGCCGUUGGCCUAACCAGCUGCGCACAGCGCGCCUCCCUCUGCCAUCCGGCGGCCAUCUGCUCGGAGAUUUCAAACACGAUCAUCUGCAGCUGUCCCCACGGGAUGGUGGGCAACGGCUACGGCGAGAACGGUUGCCUGCGCGGCACCAACAACAACUGCAACGAUCUGCCCUGCCUGAAUGGAGGCGUCUGCAUGGAUGCUGGUCCCACGAACUAUACGUGCAUUUGCCAGCGCGGCUUCCAUGGGCCACGCUGCGACCCGCUGCCCAAUCCGUGCACAUCGCAGCCUUGCCAGAACGAUGGUCGUUGCAGUCCGACGCCGACAGAUGGAACCGGCGGCGGCGGCGGCUUCGUUUGCCAGUGCCAGCCGGGCUAUCGGGGUCGGCUGUGCAAUGUACGCUUCAGCAGCUGCAACGCGAUGCUGACCGGGCUGAGCGGACGGCUCCGGUAUCCGCCGGCGGGCAACAGCUACGAGCACAAUGCGCAAUGCGCUUGGGUGAUACGGACAAACGAAUCGCUGGUGCUGAAUGUGACAUUCCACAGCUUCCAUGUGGAGGACUCGACGGACUGCCGCUUCGAUUGGCUGCAGAUCAACGACGGCCGCUCCGCGGCGGCCCAGAUCAUUGGACGCUACUGCGGCAAUCACAUACCGCAUGGCGGCACUAUCAUCUCCUCCAGCAAUCAGCUGUACCUGUGGUUCCGCUCGGACGCCUCGACGGCGCACGCGGGCUUCGAUCUUUCCUGGCAAUCGAUGGCGCCGCAGUGCGGCGGCCUUGUCGAGUUCGAAACGCACGGCACACUGGCCUCGCCGGGCUCGCCGGGCAAUUAUCCGCGCAAUCGCGACUGCCAGUGGCGUUUGGUCGCGCCCAGCAACAAGCGGAUCAAGCUCACAUUCUUCACCCUGCAGCUGGAACAGCACGAAAGCUGCAACUUUGACUUUGUUUCGAUCAGUGAUGCCAUCUCUGGCCGGGAGCUGUAUAAGUACUGCAGCCGGGAGCAGCCAGCACCGUUGUUGCUGCCCACACACGAGGCCCUCGUUAGGUUCCACUCGGAUGAGACGGGCAGCGAUUUGGGCUUCCAGCUGCAUUAUUCCGUCGAGGAGCGCCUGCCGGGCUGCGGUGGCGUCUACACCAGCAAGGAGGGCUCAAUACGUUCGCCCACCUACGACAUUGGCUCCGAUGCAAUUUCGUGUGAGUACGAGAUCCGGCUAGCUAUGGGCGAGUCCAUUAGCCUGGACUUCAGGAAGUUCGAGCUGGCGCUGGAUGCCUGCAUCGAGCUAUAUGACGUGCUGGAUGCGCCCAAUGCACAGGCCGUUUCGUAUGUGCUCCAGAGCAAGCACUGCGGCGGACCUGGCGAAUCCUUGCCGCCGAGCAUCCACUCGCUCUACAAUCGGAUGCGCAUCAUCUACACCAGCAGCUCGCCCAGAGCCGCCGCCGUCGAUCGCUUCGAGCUGAACUACCACAUGGACUGCUCGCAGACCUUCGAUGCGCCCAGUGGCAUCAUUAGCUCGCCGGGCUAUCCCAAUCUGACGGCGGACAGCGAGCUGCACUGCACGUACAAGAUACUCACGGCACCCAAUACUGUCAUUACGCUCAAGCGCUUGGACUUUCAGCUAUCGGACAACAUGAUGGAUGAGGAGGAGAUGGAGGAGAUGGGUUUGAUUGCCAGUGGACCCGAGAACUGCGCGGCUGGCACAAGUGUCAGAAUCAACGACGGGCUCAAUCGGGCCAUACUGGGACCCUUCUGUGGGAGCAGGCUGCCCGCCGAAGAGUAUGUCAGCCAGACGAACAUGCUGGUCCUGCAUCUGAACACCUCGCCGCCCAACAGGGGUCGUGGCUUUAGGUUCGAGUAUCGCGCCGUGCCAGUGGCAGGCAGCCAGUGCGGUGGUGUCCACACCAAGGAGGGCCAGAACAUACGGUUGCCGGUAGACGCGCAGGGCGUAUACCACAACGAAAUGACCUGCUACUGGAUCAUUAUGGCGCCGCCCAACAAGGCCAUACUCUUGGACUGGCUGAGCUUUGAUGUGGAGGGCCGCGGUGACUGCAGCUACGAUUACGUUGAGGUCUAUGACGGUCUGAUUGGUCAGGAAGAGAGCGAUUCAGCAUCGCCGCUGGCACGCUUCUGCGGCAAUCAAGUGCCAGAGGAUCUGGUGAGUCAUGCACGCCUCCUGACCAUCAAGUUCGUGUCGGACUUCAGUGAAACGGCCAAUGGCUUUGAGCUGUCGUAUCGGUUCGUGGAGCGGAACAUGUGCGGCGGUCGCAUAUAUGCCUCGUCCGGCAUGCUCAACUCACCAGAGUAUCCGCUUAACUAUAGCAACGGGCUGGACUGCAUCUGGAUGAUCAGCUCGUCACCGGGCAACCAGAUAGAGCUGCAAGUGGAGCUCUUCGAGCUGGCCGCCACGCGCAAUUGCAGCGGCGAUUGGCUGGAAGUGCGCAACGGUGGCAACAAUCAGUCCAGCCUAAUCGGACGCUUCUGCGGCACAAGCAUACCCCGUCGGAUACCCAGCUUUACGCACGAAAUCUAUCUGCACUUCCACACGGACGACGUCGGUGUCGCGCGCGGCUUUCGUCUGUCGUGGCGCAACUUUGCCAACGGCUGCGGCGGCCGGCUUACUGGGAACGCUGGGGUCAUCACUUCGCCCAACUAUCCCAAUUCGUAUCCGAACAAUGCCCACUGCGAGUGGCAGCUGCGCGUGCAUCCCGGCUCCGGUUUGCGAAUUGUCAUCGAGGAUCUAGAAGUGGAAGAGCUUAACGACUGCAACUACGACUAUCUGCGCAUCUACAAUGGACCCAGCAGCAGUCGUCUGUCUGAUGGCGCAUUCCAAGAGCUGUGCGGCAUGCCGGAUGAGAAGGGUCGCGUGCUGCACAUCGACAGCAACGAGGCGGUUGUCGUCUUCCAGUCCGACAUUAACAAUGCCGAGCGUGGCUUUCGGUUGUCGUACAGCGCCGACUGCCAGCGCACACUGAACAGCAACCAGGGCAUCAUCGAGAGCCUCAACUAUGGUGCAGCCAACUUUGAGGGCGCCAUCAAUUGCAGCUGGCAGCUGCGGCCGCCGCGCGGCAAUCAGAUCCGGCUGGAGAUCUCGCAUUUUGAUCACCGCGCCAAUCGCCUGCCCACAGACGCCGACGGUGGCCUCUACCUGAUCGAUGGUGGCAGCGUGGUGCCCAUCCUCGGCCUGGGCAUGCACAAUGCCAGCGGCGACAUUCUGACCAUUGUUCACAACACGAGUAGCAUCAACUUUCGGCUGGAGUAUCGCGUCGACGGCUGCUUCCAGGAGCUGCGCUCCGAAACCGGCUCCUUCCGCUCUCUGAAGCAUCCGCUCAUGUAUCCCAACGACGUCGAGUGCUAUUGGCUAAUGCACGCACCGCUCGGCCAGGUCAUCGAGCUGACCGUCCUGGACAUUGACAUUGAGGAGAGCGUCAAUUGCACCAAGGACGCCCUUGUGAUUUCGAAUAGCUUCCGUGAGGUCGAUGUCCAUGAACGGCACUGCGGCCAUAAUCCCAAGCUGAUCUACACUAGCGCCGGCCACAAACUGCACGUGCGUUUCAUAUCCGACAGCUCGCACAAUGGACGUGGCUUCGAGGCCACAUAUCGCAUGAUUAAGAGCUCUUGUGGUGGCAAGCUGACGUCUAGAAACGGCGUCAUUCAAUCACCCGGCUAUCCGAAACAUUAUCCUCGGAACAGCGAAUGCGAGUGGCUGGUGGAAGUGUCUCCGCACCACACGAUCGUCUUUGACUUCCAGGAUCUGGACAUUGAGGACGGCUAUGGCUGCGGAUGGGACUAUGUGGCAGCUUACGAUAUGAGCGGCAGCGAUGGAGUCAGCGACAGUGACGCGGACAGCGAUACCCUGGACGACAGCGAGGGUCGCCAGAUAUUCAAGGUGUGCACCAGGAGCUUUCAGAGUGCUUCCAACGAGCGCACCGAAUCCGCCACAAAUCGCGCCAUUGUGCGCUUCGUUACGGACGAUUCGGUGGAGAGCCGCGGCUUUCAGCUGCACUAUCACGAGUCCUGCGGCCAAACCCUGUUCAUUGAUGAGACAGACUUCCAGUACCUGAACCUGGUGCACCAGGCGGCACGCAACGAGACCUGUGUAUGGGUGCUGCAGGCCAGCGAUCCCAGCAAGCACAUCAUCUUUACGCCGACGCACAUACAGCUACGCGACGAGCUCUCGAACAGCUAUCCGCGGGAGAGCGACUGCAUGACGCACGGCGUCAAGAUCUAUGAGGGCGUCACGGCGAGCGGCACGCCGCGUCAACAGUUCUGUCGCUCCCAUCCGCCGGCGGUGAUCUCGCGCGGCCAGGCGCUGACGAUCAGUGUGCCGCUUGCGCUGAUCGCCGAGUUUGAGGGCCACUACAUGACCAUGGAUACGCUGUGCGGCAGCGGAUAUAACGCUCUAUCGGGCCGCUUCACCUCGCCCUACUAUCCGGAUAGCUAUCCGGUGAACAUCGAGUGCGAAUGGGUGCUGCAGGCAAGCGCCGGCAACUCGCUGUCGCUCACCAUUGAAUCCCUUGACCUGGAGCAGUCCGAUGGCUGCAACAAUGACUAUCUGGAACUGCGCGAAGAGUCCGCACGCGGCACCCUGCUCGGCGUCUACUGUGGCAAUCAGCUGCCGGCGGCCAUCAGCUCCAAGGGCAGCAUCUGGAUCAAGUUCAAGAGCAAUGACGAUGUGGUCGGCGAGGGCUUUAUGGCCAGCUAUAACUAUGAGCACCACAACGAGUUGAAUGGCACGCAGGGCACCGUGGAAUCGCCCCAUUAUCCCAGCAAGUUCACGAGCAGCCAGCUGUACAGCUGGCGCAUCACCGUUGAUACGGACUAUGUGGUGCUGGUGAAUGUGGAUCAUCUGCGCGACGUGGAUCAGCAGCAUGUGCGCUUCUACGAUGGCUACACCGACAUCGGCGCCCAGCUGGUGGUGCAGCCGUACAAGCCGCUGGUGUCCAAUACUAAUGUGCUGUAUAUGACCGCAACGCGUGGUCCCUUCCAGCUCAACUGGGAGCGCCUGUCCAAGGAGGCGUUGGCCUCCAAUCGCACCGCCGAGCUGCAGACGCGCCAAUGUGGCCAGCAGCUGGUCUCACUGAAUCGCAGCUUAAUCAGCUUUAAUUCGCCCGGCUAUCCGCUCGGCUAUGCGACCAAUUUGAACUGCAGCUGGAUACUGGUGCCGGUCAAUCCGGCAGCGCAUGCUACACUGCGGCUAACUGCCGUGGACAUUGAGGAAUUCGGCGAUGGCUGCUAUGCCGACUAUUUGGUGGUGUCCAGCAGCAGCGAUAUGCAGCACUGGACGAAGCUGGCGAAGAUCUGUACGCAGCCCAAUAAUACCAGGUUUUAUCAUGGCACGCCCUACCUGCGGGUGCAGUUUCUGACCGAUGCCAGCGUGAAUAAGACGGGAUUUGCCAGCUUCGUGCGCACCGAGUGCGGCUCCGAGCUGACCGCUCCGCGUGCUCUGGUCAACAUAACGGAGCUGGUCUCGCACAGCUUUAUCUCGCGGCUGGACUGCAUCUGGACGAUACGCGUGCGCCAGGGCAAGCGCAUACGCAUUACAUUCCCGGAAUCGGAGCUCAGCUCCGGCGGCCAGGUCACGGACGGGUCCCAGUGCCGCAAUUUCUUUGUUGUGCGUAACGGACAUGCGGAGGAUUCGCCAUUCCUUGGCCGUGGCAAGUACUGCGAGAACAAUAUAACGGAUGUGCUGGAAACUAGCUCAAAUCGGGCCUACAUCAAGUUCGAGAAGAGCUCGUUUCCGCGCUUUCGCGCCGCCUUCCACUACGAGGAGCUGGGCCAUGCCUGCUCCGGCCACAUUGUGCUCGAGGAGGGCAACAGCAGUAAUUUCAGUCAGCGCGUGAUCAGCUCACCCAAUUUUCCCAAUCUGCCCAAUCCGCACUCGGAGUGCGUGUGGCGCAUCAGUGCGCCGCCACAUCAUCGCAUCUCGGUGCAGUUCCUCGACUUUGAUCUGACGCCGAGCAGUGGCAGCGGCAGCGAUGAGAGCGAGCAGGAAGAGGACGGCUGCGAUCGGGAGUUUGUGCAGCUGAACGAUGGCAGCACCGAGCUGAUGCCCCAGCUGGGUCGCUUCUGUGGCAACCGAAAGCCCGACAUUGUCUACUCCUCGGGCAGUGAGCUGCGCAUGAAAUUCUAUACAAGCGUGCUGGAGCCACAUCCGGGCUUCACGGCGCUCAUCCAGCUGGCCAACUGUGGCGGCAGCUAUUACAGCGCCACCGGGGUCAUUCACUCACCCACCGUGGAACAGCUGCAGCUGCAUUUGCAGCCGAACAAGUACAAGGAGUGCGUGUUCACCAUCGAGGUGGAGCGGGGCAGCACCAUUGAGCUGAAGUUCGAGUCGAUGCAGCUGCCAUUGCCGCAGAAUGGCAACUGCACGCAGCGCACGCAUCUCCAGCUGGAGGAGAUGGAGCCAUUCGGCGAAGAGAACCAGGAGCGGAUCAGCGAUCGCCUGCAGAUAUGCGGCAACUCCUAUCGACACUUUCUCGUCGAGACCAACAAGAUAGUCAUCCGGCUGCGUAUGCCCAGCGGCCAGUUGGGCAACUCUGAGAGCUUCCAGCUGCGCUACAGCGCGAUCGGAUCACGCUGCGGCGAAACCAUAAUUGCCAGCCAGGGUGUGCUGCAGACGCCUAACUAUCCGGCGGGUGUGCGCGUGCCGACGCACUGCAUCUGGCGCCUGCAGGUGCCAAAGGGCAGGCGCGUCAAGGUCCAGAUACUGGACUUUGAUAACGGGGGAGGCGGCUCCAAUAGCACGCACACCAGCUUCCAUGGUCGCAUCUCGUUCUCCAACGAUCACAAGAUGCAGUCUGUGAUUGGUCGCUAUAUGCACGAUCCGCCCGCCGAGGUCGUCUCCACGGACAACACAAUGGGCAUUGAUGCCUUCUUGCUGCCCUUCAGCCAGCAUCGCGGCAUCAAACUGCGCUUCAUCGCCUUUGGCCGCAGCGAGUGCCACGGACGCCUCGAUCUCGAUGUCAGCUCCACAAUGUUCUUCAGCCGCAGCAACGAGAGCAGCCUGGUGCACUGCAGCUACGAGCUGCGUCCGCCAUCGAACAGCACGCUGCUGCUGCAGGUGCGACGCUACAACAGCAGCUCCAUCUUCAUGAGCAACCAGCACAUGUGCCGCGUGAUGACGCCCCUCAAGCUGGUCCGCCCGGACGAGGGUGAGCCGCUGCUGCCGCUGUUUCUCUGCGGCGAUCGCGCUGCCAACCAGGCGAAUCGCAGCGUGCGUCUGCCGUUCCCCGUCGAUAUGACCGUAACGGGCAGUCGCCGCAAUAACAUGAAUCUGCUGGAGCUGGCCUACAGCCUGCAGCGCUGCGGUGGCGUCCUGCCUUUGGAGCCCGGCGAUAAUCUUACCGUCUCGCAGCCCAGCCAUCUGUCUGGCGAGGAGACGAUCAACUGUGCCUGGGCCGUUGGGCCCGAUCAAACGGCCGAGGAGCCACUCUCGCCCCAGGAUGUUCAGCUGGAGGUGGCAGUAAGCCUCAAUCUCGACGGCGAUUGUGAGCUCCAUUAUCUUUUGCUGUACAGCGGGCCCGAUCAAAACUCGCCGCUGAUGGGUCGCUAUUGCCAGCAGGCGACGUCCGUCAAUCUGGUUGUGGAGCGCGGCCUGUUCCUCGAAUACCAUGUGGAGUCGCCAGCCAAUGCCAAUCACAACUCCACCUUCAAUGUGACCGUCAAAUAUGGCAGCGGCUGUGGGGGCCGCCUCACCUAUCCCUAUCGCUACAUUGACUUUAGUGAACAGUACAAAAACAAUGUCGAGUGCAUCUGGGAGAUUGAGACCGAGCCAGGCUUUCAUAUUGGGCUAUCGUUUCUGGGACGCUUCUAUAUUGAGGACAGCAAUGGCUGCGCCAAGGACUAUCUGCGCGUCCAGCAGCGCGGCGACAAUGUGGGCGGAGACGCGGACGCUGACGCUGGCAACUGGACAGAUCUGCAGACGCUGUGCGGCCGCAAUACGCCGGACUUUAUCAACUCGACCAGCUCGUCGAUGCGACUGAUCUUCCGGUCUGACGGUGACACAACGGGCGAUGGCUUCACAGCCCGCUUCGAGCGCAACUGCGGCGGCCUCCUGGUAGCCACCGCUGAGCCACAGGUGCUCAGCAGUCCCGGCUAUCCCAAGGGCUAUACCAAGAAUCUCUAUUGCAACUACACGUUCCAGCCGCUAGAGGCGAAUGCGCCGGGCGUGUUGGUGAGCUUUCUAGAUUUCGAUCUGGAGCGCUCGCCGUUGAACAUGUGUCUGUUUGAUAACGUGACGGUGACGACCAGGGACAAUAGCGGCCAGAACCAGGAGUCGCUGCUGUGCGGCGUCAAGCAGCAGCACGCCUAUCGCGCCCAGCGCUCCAUCAGCCUGGUGCUGCGCUCGGACUUGUCGUUCAGCGGACGUGGCUUCCAGCUGGUGUACAGCACUAGGCUCUGCGGCGGUGUCGUUAGCGCCACGCAGAUGGUCGAGUCGCCGCGCCAGCAUCAGGACAAUCAAAUGCCGCACAACAGCGACUGCUACUGGAAUCUGACGGCGCCCGAGGGUCAAAAGUUCACCAUCAAGUUCGAGCUGCUGGACUUUGAGGCCGGCAAUCAGCUGUGCAGCUACGAUGGCGUUGAGGUCUUUGCCAGCCCCGUGCCGGAUGAGAGACAGCGCAUGGCCCGCUUCUGUGGCCGUCUGUCCGAUAAUCUGCCCACGCUCCAUAUAUCCAGCAAUCGGGCGCUGAUCCAUAGCUAUUCCGAUGAGCGGGAUCCGUCGCGCGGCUUCCGGGCGCUGGUGCGGCUCAUGCCCAACUGUGAUGAGCACAUCUUUCUGGGCGAAAAUAAUGCUAGCUAUACGUUCAACAAGUUUGUCGGCUCCUAUGCUAAUAAUUUGGACUGUAGCUUUGUGUUCCAGGCAAGCUCUGGUUCUCAGAUAAGCGUCGAGUUCCGCAGCUUUCACGUGGAGGCGACAAACAGCUGCACCGCCGACUAUUUGGAGUUACGCGACGGCGCCGGACCGUUUGCUGACGAGAUUGGCCGAUUCUGUGGCCAGGAUUUGCCGCCCAAGCUGAGCGCCUCGCGCCACGUUCUCUUCAUGCGCUUCGUUACCGACAACAAGGUUACCGACACGGGCUUCGAGCUGGUCGUCACGGCCAGGCCCCUGCUGUGCGGCAAUCCCUUGAUCAAGCUGGAUGGCAAACAGCCCCUGGAAAUUCAUUCGCCGGUCAACGAUCAGGGCAACUACGACAACAACAUCCUCUGCCUGUGGAAGAUCGAGAGCGAAAUAUCGCUGCAUCUCAAAUUUAUUAGCCUCGACCUGGAGUCGGCCAAUGCGACGGGUGCCUGCGUUUCGGACUUUAUAAAAAUCUACAACAGCGAGGAUGCACAGCUGGUGGAAGAAGGCUACGGCAAUGAGGUGAUCUUUAAUGGACAGAAGAAUGUCCAGUACUUCCUCAACUAUGCCACGGAGCAUGUGUAUUGUGGCAGCGGCUUGCCCGAUGACUACUAUCCCAACUCGAAGCAGGUGUACAUCAAGUUCCGCACCAAUGGAGCCGUAACGAGGCCCGGCUUCAGAAUUCUCAUAGUGCCAGAUGCGAGCUGUCAGUAUAGCUAUGGUGGUUUACAGGGACGCAUUAAGAUUUCGGAGAGCACCGAUUGCGAUGCACAAAUAAUGGCUCCAGCUAACUACACACUUAGUCUUUACUUUGCCGAGGUGAUCUUUGGCACAGCCGAUUGUGAUGUGGAGUACGUUGAAGUCUUCGACAAGAGCACCAACAAGUCGCUGCAGCGUGCGUGCGCUUACCUGGAUCCGGGCAAGAGCCUCUUUACCACGACCAACGAGCUGCGGCUGCACUUUAAGACGGGCAGCUUCUUCAAUAGCUUCGAUGUGACGUACAUUGCGUCGCCCGUCCAGGACGGACCCGGCUGCGGUGGUGCCCUGUACAACACCGAGGGCGUAUUCUCCAAUCCGUUCUAUCCGCAGAAUGUGCGCAAUAAUUCCAUCUGCAGCUGGAGUGUCCGUGUGCCAAGCAACACGCGUGUCCUGCUCAAUUUUGCAUCUUUCGAUCUUGGUUCGAAGGCCACCUGCCACACGGACUAUCUGCUGAUUCAGGAGGUGAACGAACAUGGCAGCCUUCAGGAAAUGCGACGAUUCUGCGGCGAGGAUAAGCCCCGCGUCUACCUCAGCAAACGUAGCCAGCUGUAUGUGCGUUUCCACAAGACGGUCAACUAUGACGGCAUCGGCUGGGUAAUCAAAUUUGCAGGCGUCUAUGAAAGCUAUCAGAUACCAUUAGAUUUGCUGGAGUAGUCGUCGAUCCGAUGCUGAUAACACAUACAUAUAAAUAACAUAUAAUCGUAAAC